CACCAUCAUUGCCUUCUCUCUUCUAACUACAGAAGUGGAGACACUCAGUGUUGCUUGACUUCUCCUUGUUCAAGUGUUUCCUCCUUAUAAAGAUUCAUUGGAUUUAGACGUCAAAUAUGCGACUGUUUCCCGCUCUUUGGGCGUUAUGCAAUAUUUUAUUAGCUCAAGCCGGUCGAGGACCACAGCAGGUGACGUGUGGAUCCCUAUUGAAGCUCAUUAAUGUGCACCACAAGAUUCGGCUUCACAGUCACGAUGUUAAAUAUGGGUCAGGCUCAGGUCAACAGAGCGUGACCGGCACAGACCAAAAAGAAGAUGUCAACUCACAUUGGGCCAUUAAAGGACCCACUGCCCGCAAGCAGUGUAAACGAGGAGAACCCGUAGAAUGCGGCCAAGAGAUCCGAUUGGAGCACUCCACCACAUCACGAAAUCUUCACUCACAUCACUUCUCUUCGCCUCUCUCCAACAAUCAAGAGAUCUCUGCGUUUGGUGAUGGAGGAAAUGGUGACACGGGCGACGUUUGGUCUGUGGUUUGCGACGGCGAUUUCUGGCAGCGGGAUGCUCCCAUCAUGUUCAAGCACUCGGAUACGGGAAUUUUCUUGGGAGCCUCUGGACACACUUUUGGACGACCUAUCCACGGCCAGAUGGAGAUUAUUGGAUUGUCCAUGCCUGAUAUUAGCACAAAAUGGAGGACCGCCGAAGGUAUUUUCGUUCACCCAUCGGACUUCAAUCCCAAGCGAACUAAACAUGAUGAGCUCUAAAAUUGACAUUUUGGCGUUGAUUGUGAA